AUGGCUGGAGGGAUGAGAGAGGGCAAGAAGAGGGUCCUUGUGGUUGGGGCGGGUGCUGCAGGCAUGUCCUGCGCCCAUCACCUCUCCGAACACCCUGAUAAGUUCGAUGUCACGCUCAUCGAUGCGGUUGAUUACUGCGGCGGACAGGCGUUUUCUAUCGAUAUUGACAAGGAGCGGCAUGGGGCGAGUUGGCUGAAUCAGGGUGUUCAGGGUGGAAGUUAUAUCUUCCAUCACACGUUGACAAUGUUUGCGAGACAGGGUCAUCAUGCUGAUCCUGUGGAUUUGCAGGUCUCUUUCGGCAAAGACACCACCUUCUGGACAAACGUCUUUCCCACCGAAAUCCUUGCCCGGCACCAAAAAGAAAUCCGCAAGUUCAACUUCAUGCUCAAAGUCGUGCGCUGGUUCGAACUCUUCUUCGCCCUGAUACCCAUCAAAAUCCUCUUCAAACUCUUCUUCUUCAGCGAUGAGUUCACAAACACGGUAGCCAUGCCCAUGAUUGCUUUGUUCCUGGGUACAGGCAACGAGACGCCCAAUGUGCCAUCCAUUAUCCUCGAGCGACUUUGCACAAGCCCGACGUAUGGCAUGUGGUAUCCGCCGGACAAGAAGAGCAUUGUGAGCAAUAUGCCACCCAUGGUCGUGUUCCCGCGAUUCAGCGAAUUCUACGAGACGUGGAGGCGGGAUCUGGUGAAGAGGGGGGUCAAUGUGAGAUUGAGCACGGAAAUCACAGAGGUGGUCAGCAGGGACAAAAAGGGUGUGGUUGUCAAGCUCAUCAAGCGGACGCCAGUCAAGGAUGGACAUAAUCCCAAUUCAGCCUGGGUUCCCUACGACGACGAGAAUAAUGCGGAUAAGAACGCCGCGGGGAAGGAAGAACACUAUGAUGAACUGGUCCUCUGCGUCCUCGCCGACACCGCAAACCGCUUGCUCAAGAAAACCUCCACCCUCCGCGAGCGCCGCAUCCUCUCCACCUGCAAAUUCUCCGACGACGUCACCAUCACCCACCACGACUCGGCCUACAUGCAGCGCCACUACGAAAACUUCUACACCCCCAGCCUCGCCACCCAAACCCUCUCCUCGACCCCACAAACCUCUCGCCUCGCCUUUGCCGCCAAAAACUUCAAACCAAUGUACUACAUCAAAAUGUACGCCGCUGACGCCACAAAACUCGAAAUGUCCUUUGACUGCACAAACUAUCAGUCCCAAUUCCCACCCGAGGUCCCCUUUGACGCACACGUCUUCCAGACAAUCUACCUCAACAAAGCACGCGACGGCCACCUCUGGAGCAUCGAUGAAAUCGACAGUUCAAAAAUCAUUCGCACCGACUGGUGGCACCAGCUCUGCCACUCCUGGACACACUAUGCCUUCGUCGUACCCUGGAUCAUGUGGCUCCAAGGCCGUCGCCACACGCGCUUCGCAGCUGCUUGGACCCUGCUCAACGCCCACGAAGUCGCCGUCAUGAGCGGCAUUGCUGCCGCCGUCGAUCUCGGCGCCCAGUACCCCGAGGACCUGGAGCGCGAUCGUUUCGCCCUGCUGUGUUUCCGCUUGUACUAUUUGCUUGCGUAUGGGAAGUGGUAUCGGCGCCGGGUGACGAGGGAUAAGCGUUCCAGGGAGGGUGUUGGCAGCGAUUGGGCGAGUGGUUGGUAUGGUAGUGUGUAUCGUGGGCCUGGGGUUGGCGUUGUGGAUCGCCAGCAUUGGAGGGAUGAGAAUGGGAUUGAGGGGGAUGAGGUGGUGUACAAGUAUCCUGUGGAUGCGGGGAGGAGGGAGGUGUAA